AUGCCAAGCGCCGUCGCCCGCACACAUCAUGCAAACGCUCCAGACAGCCACCACCUCGACUUCCUCCAGUUUCAAAGGGCCAAGCAGCUUGAAAGAGCACCGAAGCCCACGCCGCUCUCGGCCGAGCAGCACGCCGCGAACCGGGAGUGUCUCAGCACCGUCCGAUUCGUGAAGCCCAAGUACUCUGCUGAAACAGAGAUCAACGUCUCCGGCAUCUUUGGAAGAUGGAAACGCUACUGCAGUGAGAAGGAGGUCGGCGACUGGCGAGCGACGAUUGUUAACCUGACCCGUGCCACUACGAUGGACUUUUUCCUCUUCGUCUGCGGAAACUACAACGUCCGGUCGUGGGGGCGUUAUAUGGAUAGAAAUGAUGCCAAGGAAGUCUACAAGUACCACCGCAAUGUUUUGAUCCCUCGCUUCAAUCUCCGAGCGCCGAACAUCGACGGCAAGCCGGUCCUCAAUGUCGACAGUCUCCGGGUCAUCCUGACAUUCAACAUCGCGUACGACACGAGCGUAUUCAGCCUCGGGCGUCAUCGGAUCCAGUUGGCCGGCUGCUACCAGCUCCUAUGUUACACUGGGGCCCGACCUGCAGAGCUUGUGGAUGGCGAGAGAAAAGGUCCGAAGGAUGGCUCUCGAGAGAUACUCUUUGGCCAGAAAGUCAUACAACAAGUGGAAAACGACGGUAGCGCGGAUCAAACGCUAGACAAGCAAUCCGUGGAGCUCAACAAGAUGCUUCUACAAGAGACAAUCAAGAGAGGCCGUCCUAAAGCUCUCUGCUAUGAGGACAUUCUUCUGAUGCUUGUGCGGCACCCUACUACGGGGAAGCCCGUAUUGGCCAUGGCCAUCAAGUUUAUCCACCACAAAGGAGCAGACAACAAGCCAAAGCCGACGAUUUUCUUCUUCACGCCUACAAGGAAGCUAAUUUUUGACGCGAUCAUGGUCAUCGUGGCACUGGCCCUACAUGACCAUGCGUUCGAUGCGGCUUGCCUAACCGACGCGUAUAGUCUCCUCUCGAGGGAUGUUUGGGGUCCCCGAGAUUGUGAUGCAACGGAUUCGGUCCGCGACCAGAUGAUGCGGCAUGAACCUGGGUUCAAAACAUUUUUCAGUGCGUAUCUGAAUGAAAUUGCCAACUUUGAUCUCCAGAACGCCUUCUUGGAGGAGGAAAAGCAAAGCCAACUGUUCCGCAUGUUUGCCCACGUAAGCUUGACCCGCGACCCUCGUGCCGUAAGGGAUAUGGUGCCUGAGAAGGUAUGGGCAAAUCAGCUGCCCGACCCUGAGAUUGUGAAGUGGGAGGAGGAGCGUGCGGUGCUCAAGCAGGGACGGUAUCGAGUUGCUGGUAGUGAGCAUGAAGACAGGAUCCGAGUACUCACAGACGACAUCAGAAAUAAGAGGACACAGAACGAAAGGAGGGUCGUGAAAGAAUAUCGCGAAUACUAUUUCUACAAUCGUCCCACCUGGGACAUUGAGGCCCAAGCCCGCGGGGAGAUGGAAGAGGAAUAUGAGCAGCCCGCAAUGGACCUCGUCAUACCGGAACGGGCAAGACUAGCCAACAUUAUGUGUCUGCAAGCUGACGACUGGACGGAAACGGAGCUGUUCCAACGCAGAGUUGAGGCCAUCGACUUGAUGGUGGCUUUAUGCGAUAAGAAGGAAACUGGCAGAACAAGCCGCACGCAGCGCCCAGCCACGGUCGAGGCUUUCAUCAAGCAACAGUCACCUGGAAGCGUCACAUUGUCUGAGCCGGAUCUUGAGCCGGAUCCUUUCCCGCUUCUUAUGGAGGCAACACAGUGCCCAGACUGUAUUGGUGAUGAGCAGCUGUCGGUCGAAGCGCGAAAGUUCAAGUGGUGCCGUCCGCCGGUGCUCAACGACCACUUUGACGACGCGCACUUAGCUCGCCGAGAGACUGCUGCGCAAUGUGGCGAGGCAAUCUGGUGUGGCCACCCAAAAUGCAGACAGGAGAAGUUUGUCCAUGUGGAUCAUUUCCGAAACCAUGUCGAGCAAGUGCACGGGGUAAGUCUCAGGACAUCGCACCAAGUCGCGAAGAGGAGAAAAAGACAGACGGAGCGCCGUGAAAAGAAAUGUCGAGGACGGCAGCAGAAGAAGACCGCCGCGAAGGCCGCCGCGAAGACGUGA